AUGAAUUUAAAUUUGUGGUUUAUUGCCCUCUGGGUCACAUUGGUGAAGGCCUGGGUCGUCAACGAAGGUACAACAUGCACCCUGUACCCCGAAUCGCUUGUCCACCGCGGGCAAGCCGUUGAUGAUGCUCCCUCAAUUCAGCAAGCAUUUGAUACCUGUGGUACAAAUGGAACAGUCAUUUUCACUAAGAACUUGUUCCAUGUCAACACGGUCCUCAACACAACCAAUCUGUUGAACUGUGAUGUUCAUCUCCGCGGAGAACUGCGCUUCUCCACCAACAUCCCAUACUGGAGGACCCACGCCAUCAGUGUCGUUCUGCAGGACCAAGUCACUGCUUGGCUUUUCGGUGGUACAAAUGUCAACUUUUACGGCGAGGGUGGCUUCUACAACGGCCAGGGCCAAGAAUGGUACAACGCCAAUAGAAACGAGUCGAACCAGCCUGGACGGCCAAUGAGUAUUACAUUUUACAACUCGACCAACCUCUUCGUCGAUAGCUUGAAGGUCAUUCAGCCGCAGUUCUGGGCUACCUUUGUCUGGGAUAGCAAGAAUGUGACCUUUACCAACUUGUUUGUCAACGCCACCAGCGACAGCAAAUGGGGCACCAUGAACACCGACGGCUUUGAUUCCUGGAAGAGCGACUCGAUCCUCGUGGAGAAUGCUACUAUUAUUAUGGGUGACGAUUGUAUCGCUGCCAAGGGCAAUACUACCAACUUCCACGUCAAGAACGUUUACUGUGAAGGAGGUACUGGAAUUACCAUCGGUUCUAUCGGUCAAUACCCCGAAACACCCGACUACAACCUCAACACCACCUUCGAGAAUGUGCAUAUCAAGAACGCAAUGGAUGGCGCUUAUGUCAAGACCUGGCAAGGCACACGCAUUUACACCCCCAGCAAUGGCGACUGGGGUGGUGGUGGCACCGGCCUCGUGAAGAACGUCACGUUCCGCAACUUCACGAUGGAGAACGUUGGACUUCCCAUUCAGCUUUCGCAGUGCGUUUACUCGGCCAAUACCGACAAGGGCUGUAACACCUCAAAGUUGCAGGUCGAGGACGUGAAGUGGCAAGACAUCCGUGGUACCUCGCGUUUCAACAUUGCUGCAUCUAUGUACUGCUCUGAUGAGCGUCCCUGCCCCAACAUCACUUUUGAAAAUGUGAACAUCACCAGCGUUAAUGCUUCGCUUGGUCUUCCUUACUACAACACCGACAUUCACCACGAGAUUUUCCAGUGCACUAAUGUCCUUGGUCAGAAGAACUCUGGCAUUCCUUGCAACCAGGCUGCUCCCAGCAACUUUAGCCAGUGGAUCUAUGGCAAUGUUGAUAGCAGUGGUCUCGCGACUUUGACUUGA